GAGAAAAAGGCAUCCCUUCACUGUGGGGCUUGACAGAAUGAGGUGUGCUAGGGAGGCCACUAGCUGGGACUUAGCCUUUCCCAACUGCCCCUUUAUAACCCGGGCAGCCCCAGACCACUGAGCCAACCAUGGCCGAGAAGGGCGACUGCAUCGCCAAUGUUUAUGGGUAUGACCUCGGUGGGCGCUUUGUUGACUUCCAGCCCCUGGGCUUUGGUGUCAAUGGGCUGGUGCUGUCAGCUGUGGACAGCCGGGCUUGCCGGAAGGUAGCCGUGAAGAAGAUCACCCUGAGUGACUCCCGCAGCAUGAAGCACGCGCUCCGGGAGAUCAAGAUCAUCCGGCGCCUGGACCACGACAACAUCGUCAAGGUGCACGAGGUGCUGGGUCCCAAGGGCGCCGACCUGCAGGGCGAGCUGUUCAAGUUCAGCGUGGCUUACAUCGUCCAGGAGUACAUGGAGACCGACCUGGCACGCCUGCUGGAGCAGGGCACACUGACAGAGGAGCACGCCAAGCUCUUCAUGUACCAGCUGCUCCGCGGCCUCAAAUACAUCCACUCUGCCAACGUGCUGCACAGGGACCUGAAGCCCGCCAACAUCUUCAUCAGCACAGAGGACCUCGUGCUCAAAAUCGGCGAUUUUGGGUUGGCAAGGAUCGUUGAUCAGCAUUAUUCACACAAGGGUUAUCUGUCAGAAGGGUUGGUGACAAAGUGGUACUGCUCCCCACGAUUGCUUCUGUCGCCCAACAACUACACCAAAGCCAUCGACAUGUGGGCCGCUGGCUGCAUCCUGGCUGAGAUGCUCACAGGGAAAAUGCUCUUUGCUGGGGCUCACGAGCUGGAGCAGAUGCAGCUCAUCCUGGAGACCAUCCCCGUGGUCCGGGAGGAAGACAAGGACGAGCUGCUCAGAGUGAUGCCCUCCUUCGUCAGCAGCACCUGGGAGGUGAAGCGGCCGCUGCGCAAGCUGCUCCCCGAUGUGGACAGUGAAGCCAUCGACUUUCUGGAGAAGAUCCUGACCUUUAACCCCAUGGAUCGCCUGACAGCUGAGAUGGGGCUGCAGCACCCCUACAUGAGCCCAUACGCGUGCCCCGAGGACGAGCCCACCUCGCAGCACCCCUUCCGCAUCGAGGACGAGAUUGACGACAUUGUGCUGAUGGCCGCCAACCAGAGCCAGCUUUCCAACUGGGACAGGUACCCGGUGAGCCUGUCAUCGGACCUGGAGUGGCGGCCCGACCGGUGCCAGGACGCGAGCGAGGUGCAGCUCGACCCACGCGCGGGCUCUGCGCCGCUGUCCGAGGACGUGCAAGUGGAUCCGCGCAAGGACUCGCAGAGCAGCUCCGGCCGCUUCCUGGAGCAGUCGCACUCGUCCAUGGAGCGCGCCUUCGAGGCCGACUACGGGCGCUCCUGCGACUACAAGGUGGGCUCGCCGUCCUACCUGGACAAGCUGCUGUGGCGCGACAACAAGCCGCAUCACUACUCCGAGCCCAAGCUCAUCCUGGACCUGUCGCACUGGAAGCAGGCGGCCGGCGCCCCCCCCACGGCCGCGGUGGCGGCGGACGCGGUGGCCCGCGAGGACGAGCCAGCCAGCCUCUUCCUGGAGAUCGCUCAGUGGGUCAAGAGCACGCAAGGCGGCCCCGAGCUCGCCAGCCCGCCGCGCGACGGGUCCGAGCACCUGUCUGCCUCUCCCCCCGGCUGCCCGGCACCAGUCGACGGGGGCGCUAGCCCCCAGUUCGACCUGGAUGUGUUCAUCUCCCGCGCCCUAAAGCUCUGCACCAAGCCAGAGGACCUGCCAGACAAUAAACGCGGCGACCUCAAUGGCGCGUGCAUCUCUGAGCACCCUGGCGACCUCGUGCAGACAGAGGCCUUUUCCAAAGAAAGGUGGUGAGGGCGGAGGGGGUGCUCCAGGCCCCCGCUCAUGGCAGGAGGCCACCCUAGCAAAACCGGGCCUGGUCUGAGGA